AUGGAUUUUCGGCUACUGGCAGAGAAGAACAUUUUAAACUAUGACUUUGAUAUAGUGGCAUCAGACCCUAGUGAUGCUAAUACAAACAGUACUUUGUUCUCGGAUGACACAGAUGAAAAAUCUCGGAGGAGCACCAACUCUGAAAUGGGAUUUUCAACCCAUCAGGAAGAUGAGUCUGCUGCUGUAGAGCCUCUACAAAAUGAUUUAAUGGAAUAUCGGCCUGAUGUGCCAGGAAUUAGUGACCGACGAACUGGGGAAUUUUGUUCUGGCCCAAAGAAGAAUGAACUAAAGAUUGGCAAGUCUUCUGCCUUUUUUACUUAUGUCAAAUCAAGCACAGUCAAAAAUGACUCUCAAGGGGUCAAUGACAAUGCUGCUCAAAAUUUGAGGAUGGGAGUGAAACAUCAAGGAUUCAAUCAAGGAAUGGUUCAGGAUCCCCAUAUACAUGGAGAUGAGGAGGCAGGGGAGAGCUAUUCACCAGGAGAUGAUGGUCCACACAGUAGUGGUGUCCUGAAUUCUGUUUCGAUGGAGAGGUCUUGUACUCCGCCUAUAUCGAUGGGACUCACGCAGCAAAGGGAUUUCAAGAAUGAAAAGUUCUCUCCAGUGCUUUCACACCCAAGAAAUGAACAUCAACUUGAUGUUUCUGCUUUAUUUGCACAAGCUGCAUUUCCAUUUUGCAUUUCAGGAGUAGUAAACCAAGUUAUGACAUCAACAGCACAACUGUAUCCAAAGAAUCUUCAUGACUUGCAAAGUCAUGCAUCUGAAGCUAUGAUGUCCCAGUACCAUCAUCUUUCGCAAUGCCAUCCCCAUGUUAAUGGAAUGACAUCAUUCCCUUAUUACCCUGUUAAUAUGUAUUUACAAGCUGGUCAAAUGUCUUCUUCGCAUUCUUGGCCAGUUGAAGGUUCAACUUCAGUGGAAGUAAAAUUGAAUAAUGUGGAUAGAAGAGAAGCAGCAUUGAUGAAGUUUAGGCAGAAAAGGAAAGAGCGAUGUUUUGAUAAGAAGAUUAGGUAUGCCAAUCGAAAACAACUUGCUAAUAGAAGGCCUCGUGCUCGAGGACAGUUUGUAAGGAAGGUGAAUGGUGUGAAUGUGGAUCUUAACGGACAACCUAGCUCUGCUAAUUCUGAUGAUGAUGAUGGGGAGGAUGAAGAGAAGGAUGCAUGA